AUGGACCCGCUCCGCUCUAUAGAUCUUGAGGAGAACAAGCGUCGCAUGAGGAAUGGGGAGCUUUACCAUGCCUUCACCCCCGACCUUAUUGCCGAUCGCAAGCGCUGCCGCUUGGCCUGUGACGCUUAUAACAGGGCCGGAGAUGUCCCGCGUCGUAUACUUGUCGAACUCUUCCAACUGAUACAAGACGACAAAACCCCUUUGCCUCCACCGGCUCAAACCUCUGAAGAUGACGAAGAUCUCCUCGGUGAGCACAUCUGGUGCGAUGCUCCCAUCAGGAUGGAUUACGGACGCAACGUCAAGUUCGGGGACAAUGUGUACAUCAACAGCAACAGUACCUGGAUCGAUACUUGCCUCAUCACUGUGGGUGCUCGUACCCUGAUCGGACCAAACUGUUCCUUCUACUCCGGUACACACCCAACGGAUCCCAAGCUUCGGAACGGCAACAAGGGCCCAGAAACCGGUGCGCCCAUUACAAUUGGCGAGGACUGCUGGUUCGGAGGGAAUUCCAUUGUUCUUCCCGGGGUUACCAUAGGGCAAGGCUCAACCAUUGGGGCCGGAAGUGUUGUGACCAAGGACAUUCCGCCUUACUCCGUUGCGGUGGGCAAUCCAGCGAGGGUCGUGAAAAGCGUCGCGCCUUCAGCAGAAGCAGAGGCUACGCCUGGUUCUGUGUCGUCGACAUGA